AAAAAAAACUCCUUUAAACAGUGAAAUGUAUUGGAUUUGGGGAAUAAUUUUGUGCAUUGGAGCUUUGAUCUGGUGGUGGCAGAGAUCAUCAGAGCUCUACUGGGAGAAGAAUGGAGUAUCUUACAUCUCAGGACCUCCAUUCAUUGGUGCCCUGAAAGACUGCUUGACGAUGAAGAAGAGUUUCGUGGAUCUCUUCUAUGAUAUCUACAAUGACAGAAAGUUCAAAGAUGACCCUAUCACCGGAUUUUACUUUUUCCACAAGCCAAGAUUGAUUAUUCGUCAUCCAGAAUUGAUUAAGAAUAUCCUUGUGAAGGAUUUCGCGUAUUUUGUUGACAGAGCCUCAGAUUCCGACGCGCACGAUAUAAUUGGUAGGGAUAACCUGUUUGUGGUUAAAGGUCAACGAUGGAAAGCUCUUAGAUCAAAAAUUUCACCUGUUCUAACGACUGGAAAACUCAAAAAUUUCUUUCACCUCGUUGUGGAUGUAUCAAAUGUUCUUAAUGAGAAGCUUUCAUCUGAGAUUGGUGGUGAAUGUCGCGAGUAUGAAGUUAAACAAUUGGCUGCAACCUUCACAAUUGAUUCAAUUGCAAUUAGUGCCUUUGGUGUAAAGGCCAACAGUCUCCUCAAUCCGAAUGGGGAAUUCUACAGGAAAGCCAAUAAAUGUUUUGAUUUUCAUUGGAAGCGCGUGAUAGAAUCGGCUAUAUGUAUCUUUCUACCGGAAUUGGCAAUUUUCUUCCGAAUGAAAAUCUUCUCUGAGGAAACGAAUGAUUUUCUGAGAUCUUCGAUAAACUUCGUGAUGCAGGAACGUAUUAAGGGUGGGGGAAAACACAAUGAUCUUAUAGAUGCCCUUAUUGGUAUGAAUAAAGAAGAUCCUGAACUUUUCAAAGGAGACACUCUUGUGGCACAGGCUGCUGUUUUCCUUCUUGCUGGCUAUGAAACUUCCUCAUCUGUAAUAGCUUUUGCCCUCUAUGAGUUGGCACGACAACCUGAGGCUCAAGAGAAGCUCAGGAAUGAAAUUAAGCAUUACCUGAAGAAGUAUGAGUCAGUUCAGUACGAGACUAUCAGUGAAAUGGAUUAUCUCAAUUGUGUUGUUCAAGAAACUCUUAGAAUGUAUCCAGCGGGACCAAUUUUGGAUAGAAUUUGCACUCCACCAGAAGGAGCUGAUUCUUACUCACUGGAGCCCCAUCAUAAAUUUGAAAUUCCGCGUGGAAUGUCCGUAUACAUUCCCUUUUUCUCCAUUCACCGAGAUCCAAAAUUCUUUCCAGAUCCCCUGAAGUUCAAUCCUGAAAGAUUUAGUCCCGAAAAUCGUGAUUCAAUCGAUCAAUACACCUACAUGGCUUUUGGGCUUGGACCACGGAACUGUAUCGGAUCGAGAUUUGGAUACUUAAUGGUGAAAAUGGCACUCAUCACGAUUCUACGCAACUACAGGGUUGAAGCCACUGAGAGAACCCCAAAGUUUAUUGAAUUCGACAAGAGAGCUAUGGUCACUAAAUCCGCGAAACCACUCUAUAUGAAUUUUAAACGAAUUUAGCCUUUUUUUCCUAUUAAUACUUUAAAGUUUUUGAAAAGGUGUUUUGGAAAUUAAUAAAUGACUACCUAACCUAACAUGUUUAAAUAGAUCUUUUAAAUAAAAAGAAUAAA